GGGGUGCCGGGCUCCGCCUGCGUCACUGCUGUGCGACGCACAUGUCGAGGUGAAAGUGCAAGCUGCCAUUUUUUCGAAGGAAUCCUGAAUCCUAUUCCUGAUUAGACAAGCAAAGACAAACUGUGAGUCUCACCGUCACUUUUUAGCAGUUUAGUUUAAUCUGUUUGCGUACUGAAGACAUACUCUACACGAAUAUUGCAGAAGCUCGGUUUAUUUUAACCCGGGUUAAAUCGCAGGCUUAGCCCAGGGCUGCACCGGGCUGCAGAUGGCUGCUUAGCUCGGCUAGCUAACGUUAGCUGUGGCUGUAAACAAACACUACAGAUAGCGAAGAAACAGCAGCUGGUAAACUAGUUGGUUUUUUUCAAGUUUGUCCAGUAGAUGUGGUCGAUAAUUAAGUUAGAGAACAAGCUAACGUAACGUUAAGACGUAACGUUAGGUGGAGCGUGCGGAAGGAGGCAGUUUGAAGCUGCAUGUCUGCAGGGUAGCGACACAACUUCAGUUUUGAUGACAUUGCGAGUUUCUCCAAACUAGGUCGGAGCUCAGUUUCUUUAGAACGGGUCCGGGUCAGUCGGGUCGCGGGGAAACACACACUUAAUACCGGCAUGUCGUCCUUCUCCGAGUCGGCCCUGGAGAAGAAGCUGACGGAGCUGAGCAGCUCGCAGCAGAGCGUCCAGACUCUCUCUCUGUGGAUCAUCCACCACCGCAAACACUCGGGCCUCAUCGUCAAAGUGUGGCACAGAGAGCUGAAAAAAGCUAAAAGCUCCAGGAAGCUGACAUUCCUGUAUCUGGCCAAUGAUGUCAUCCAGAACAGCAAGAAGAAAGGGCCUGAGUUUACCAAAGACUUUGAGACUGUCCUCGUCGAUGCCUGCUCCCAUGUUGCCAGGUAUGAAGCCGACGAGGGCUGUAAAAAGCACAUGGAGAGACUGCUGAACAUCUGGAAAGAGAGAGCACUCUACAGAGGAGACUUCAUUCAGCAGCUCAAACUAGCCAUAGACGACUCUAACAGUCCCAGGCCUUCAGAAGAGAAAAAGGCUGUGAAACGCAGCUAUCAGAAGAUCCAGGAAGAGGAGGAUGAUGAAGAUGACGACUACAGAAACCACAUCUCCCCUCACAACUCGGACAUCUCUGCAACUCAACUGACAGAGGAGCUGGUGAAGGCCCUACAGGACUUGGAGAAUGCUGCAUCAGGCGACGCAGCAGUUCGUCAGAAGAUUGCCUCGCUGCCGCAGGAAGUCCAGGACGUUUCCCUGCUGGAGAAAAUCAGUGACAAGGAAGCGGCAGACAAGCUGUCAGAGACGGUGGACGAAGCGUGUUUGCUGCUUGCUGAGUACAACGGCCGACUGGCUGCAGAGCUAGAGGAUCGCAGGCAGCUUGCCCGCAUGCUGACUGAAUACAUCAACAGCCAGAAGGAGGCGCUCAUGGAGAGAGAGAAGAAACUAGAGGAAUAUAAGCAGAAACUGGCGAGGGUGACCCAAGUUAGGAAAGAGCUAAAGUCCCACAUCCAGAGUCUCCCUGACCUCUCUCUCCUACCCAACGUGACCGGGGGUUUGGCCCCGCUCCCGUCAGCCGGAGACCUCUUUUCUACCGACUGAGAGGUCUCUGCCCAGAAAACCUAGACCGAUGCCCCUCCCCAACCAAACCCAGCCCCACGUUUGAUUAACAGAAAACUUCCAGCUUUGUCACCAGGCAGAGGAUACAUGUGGUCAAACCUCUCUUGGCAGCCAGCUCACCUGCUAACUCCAAACCUGCAGGACAAGAGGGAGGAAGGGACAUUUAAAGCAAGGUUUGGUGAAGUCAAAAUGCUUUGGAGAGGAAAACAGAGACUCUGUCAGCCUGGAGUCUUUCCAGCAGUUGCUCAAUCGACAAGGAUUCCACUCCACCAGCUUGGAACGACUUUGUUUGUUUCCCAUUUGUUUUUAUUAUUUUUUAAUGCUGGAAAUGUCAGUGAUCUAAGAAGAGGGGCGGGGUAAAGAAGCAAAACUUAGACAGACAUGAAUGUUUGCUGUCAGGACAUGUCUUUCUGUGUGGUAUAUGGUGGAUUCAGUAAGCAAAGGUGGGCCGCUUGCUCUCACAAUUCUCAGAGAUUGUGACUACACUGUGAAGAGGAUUUACCAUUAAUUAGUUUUUUUUUUUUUUGGUUUUCAGUUGGUGGCUUUUUGUAACCCUUAGGCAGUUUUUAUGUGUUUGUAAAAUUAGAGAAGAUAUCAGAUUGGGUUCAGUGUAUGUUGCUUGUUGAAACAACAUUGUCAGAAGCUGCUAGUCAGCACUCAAAUUUCAGUAACACUUCAUAGAGAUGGUGAUUAAAUUUUGUCCUCAUAGUUAAAAUCAAAGGACAUGAUCUGGAGUUUGUGUCCCCAUUUGCAAGUGUUUUUUCUCAUUAACAGACUAAAACUUUGCAAUUCAAAGUUCCUGUUUGUUUUCACACAUUCUUUUGAACUUUAAAUAUGGUAAUUAUGUAAUAAGUGUGUACUAGACAAAGUUUGAGUUUUUCAAAUAAAUCCUGGAAGUUUGAGGAAACAAUUCAAAACAAUG